GCGGGUGGAUGCUCUCGGGCCGCCUGAGUGAGGUCUGUCUCCCCGGGCUGGUGCUUGAUGAGCGCUGCCUGGCGCCGCCGCUCGGGCUGCUGGGUUCAUUUGUUAUCCGGCGGCCUGGCUCCAUUUCUGCACGGAGGGCCCUGAGCGGCUGCGUCCGCGGCCGGCCCCCUCUCGUCUCUCUUGUGUAUCCCGCAGGCCCGGCCCUCGCCCCGCUCGGGCCUCCGCAGCCAUGAGCACGGAAGACGAGAUCAUCCGCAUCGCCAAGAAGAUGGACAAGAUGGUGCAGAAGAAGAACGCGGCUGGGGCACUGGAUUUGCUAAAGGAGCUUAAGAAUAUACCUAUGACCCUUGAGUUGUUACAGUCCACAAGAAUUGGAAUGUCAGUGAAUGCAAUACGCAAGCAAAGCACAGAUGAAGAGGUUACAUCUUUAGCAAAGUCUCUCAUCAAGUCUUGGAAAAAGCUGUUAGAUGGACCGUCAACUGAUAAAGACUCUGAAGACAAGAAAAAGGAACCUGCAUCUUCAUCACAAAACAGUCCUGAAGCAAGAGAAGAAAGCAGUUCCAGUAGCAACUCCAGCAUCAGGAAAGAUGAGGCUAAUGCUUCAUCUGAUUCCUUCAUCCCUUCUUUUCCUCGGGCUCCAAGUACUUCAGAUUCUGUACGAGUGAAAUGUAGAGAAAUGCUGGCUGCUGCUCUCAAAACAGGGGAUGACUACAUUGCUAUUGGUGCUGAUGAGGAAGAGCUGGGAUCUCAGAUUGAAGAAGCUAUAUAUCAAGAAUUGAAAAACACUGACAUGAAAUACAAAAAUAGGGUACGAAGUAGAAUAGCAAAUCUCAAGGACACAAAGAAUCCUAAUCUAAGAAAAAAUGUAUUAUGUGGGAACAUACCUCCAGACAGGUUUGCCAAAAUGACAGCAGAGGAGAUGGCGAGUGAUGAGCUGAAAGAGAUGCGCAAAAAUCUGACCAAAGAAGCUAUUAGAGAGCACCAGAUGGCUAAGACAGGAGGCACCCAGACUGACCUGUUUACAUGUGGCAAAUGUAAAAAGAAGAAUUGCACUUACACACAGGUUCAAACUCGCAGUGCUGAUGAACCUAUGACAACAUUUGUUGUCUGUAACGAAUGUGGAAACAGAUGGAAGUUCUGUUAGAAGAAACAACUGUCAAGACACCUGGACCAGUAUGAAAGAGGAUUUUGUAAUUAGUUUUAAGAACUAGGCCAGGCAUGUAGGUUCCUGCAAACAAGAAACUUUUUUUUUUUUUUUUUAAUAGCAGCAUACAUCCCUGGAGUUAACCUUUGGUUUUUGACACAACUUCCUUAAAUGCUUUCCUAUAGUUAAUAGUCAGUAGGGCCCGGAUGCUCAAUUGUAUGGUGUAUGUUUAAAAUAUUUUUUCAUUUUUAUAAGUAAGUUGACAUUAAACUUUUAUCAAUAAACUUUUGGUAACUGAAUUGUUUUUCUUAACUAUGUGAACAAUGUACUGUAUAUUUUUUUACAGUCUGAAACAUACCCACCAGACAUAUUUUACCUCUCAACGAUGUUAAAAAUGUAUGAAUGAAAUUUGUAUUGGUUUCUUAUUGGCAUAUUCCUACUAAUUUUGUGGGGAGAAAGGACAACUAACUUCAUUUUAAUUAUACCAAAUCUGCUAUGGUAUCUAAAUUGCAACUUGUUGGCUCUGUCUGGUUUGUACAUACUAUUUAUGAAUUAAUGCUUAAAUUCUGAUCAUGAAGUUUGGAACUUUGUUAAUGGAUCUAUUGACCUAUUCUGUUACAAUGCUUGGAUAAGUUUGCUUAUGUAACCAGCAUUGAUCAGUCCAAUGUAUUGUAUUGCCCUAAAGCCUGUAUAUUUCUACCACUAGAUUUUAUUUCUGGAGAAAUGACUUAAAUAGUUUGUUUAAAUUUGAUCUAAUUGGUUUGUUUUGCGUAUGUGUUUGAUACCAGAGUUUAUUUUAGACUUUGUAAAUGAGCAAAGACAUUUUGUGGCAGGCUGUUUAAAUGACGGUCAGUAAACCAGUUG